UUGCUUUUACGCAGUGACAGCAGCCAGGCAGCCGGGGCUGGCUCUGCCCAGCCGCCGUCCUCCCUCCUUUCCUCCCUCCCUCCCUCUCUCUCCUUCUCUCCCCCCCAUCCUUCCCUGCUCCUUAAAACCUGCGUUCCGGGGGUGCAGUUCCUCCAGCGGAGCCUCCGGCCGUGCCCAACCCGGCUUUGUUCCCUGCGGGGCUGCCUGGAUGCGGCCGCAGUAGAAGGGAAACCCGUACGCAGGUCCUUGGCACAGGCUGGUGGUUCACGAUGGACCCCCUCUUCCCUGCCCAUAUUUUGGAAGACCCCGACCUGAGAAAGCUGCUGAACGACUCCUCCAUGCUGAACCUGAGCUUUCUCCCCAGCAACUGGUUCAACAACGGCACGGGAGACAGCUUCCUGCCGCUGAGCAUCAAGAUCACCAUUGUGGUCGUCUACUCCAUUGUGUGCAUUGUGGGGCUGGUGGGCAACUGCUCCGUCAUGUAUGUGAUCGUCAGAUUCACCAAGAUGAAGACAGCAACCAACAUUUACAUCUUUAACCUCGCUCUGGCUGAUACCUUGUGUCUGAUGACCUUACCCUUCCAAGGUACAGACACGUUCCUGGGCUUCUGGCCUUUUGGCAAUGUCCUCUGCAAGAUUGCUAUUUCUAUAGACUACUACAACAUGUUCACAAGCACCUUCACCCUGACGAUGAUGAGUGUGGACCGUUACAUCGCUAUCUGCCAUCCUAUCAAAGCUCUGGACAUCCGCACUCCUCACAAGGCCAAAGUGGUGAAUGUCUGCAUCUGGGCGCUCGCUUCUGUCUUUGGCAUCCCAGCGAUGGUGAUGGGAUCUGCAGAGAAUGAGAACAACGAAAUCGAUUGUCUAAUUAAACUCCCUUCGCCCGUGGAUUACUGGGAUCCGGUGUUUGGCAUCUGCGUUUUUCUCUUCUCCUUUAUGAUCCCUGUGCUGAUCAUCACCAUUUGCUACAGUCUCAUGAUCAGACGCCUCAAGAACGUCCGUGUCCUCUCGGGCUCCAAGGAGAAGGACCGGAACCUGAGGCGCAUCACCCGCAUGGUGCUGGUGGUGGUGGCCGUCUUCAUCAUCUGCUGGACUCCCAUCCAGAUCUUCGUGCUGGUCCAGUGCUUGGGUGCCAAGGCUGAAAGCGAGCUCGAGCUGGCCAUCUCCUGCUUCUGCACAGCGCUGGGCUAUGCCAACAGCAGCCUGAACCCUGUGCUAUAUGCCUUCCUAGAUGAGAACUUCAAGGCUUGCUUCAAGAAGUUCUGCUUCCCUACCGCCUUCAGAACGGAGCUCCAGAUGUCCAACAGGAUGUGCAGCAUUGCCAAGGAUGUGGCUUAUGCCUGCAAGAACUCAGAGGGGACUAACAAUCCGGCCUGACUAGGCAUGGAAAUCCCCAUGGUGGCUGUCGCCCAGCAGAGUCCAACCACUCCCACGUCAGAGCUAACUCAGAUAACGGCCCUUUAGCAGGACCUCAAAACUGAGAAACCAAGGAAGCAAUUUUGGGAGUUGGGAAAACUGGACGCUGCAAGAGCAUGCAAAAGAGCUGAUUCAAUGCAUUUUUAGUUCCGACGUGCCCUGCACUAUGGAGCACAUUUGAAAUCGGCCUUUUGAUUCCUGUGAAACCCUGGUGGCUUGCAAGGCUAUCGAGAAUUUGGGAAUUAAGGGUUUGAAACAGGCAUUGCUCCUGCAUCUUACGCUUCUGCUGCUGGGAGACAGACAAAAUGCAGACUAUUCCAUUUCUUUUUCCUCCCCGAGUCGUUUCAGAUCCUCGGCUCUUGUACCUCUCUGGGCACUCGUGCACGGGUUUAUUCCUGCGGCACCACUCUGAAAUUAGACUUUGCUGAAGACAAAGUGGGCAACAGCCGUCAGACAAAACCCAAGAUCAUCUCCAGGAUGAGUCAUCAUGAGGGGAAGGAUGCGGGGAGGGAGAGGAGGGAGAAGAGCUGGCAGAAAGGGAAAUUCAAGCUGCCGGGAGCUGGCGAGCUCUGCAGAAAAUCCUCUACCUGAGAGGGGAGAGGAGGAGGAAAAGAUGGAUGAAAUGGACACAAAUCCUUGUUUACAUGCUGCUAUUGUUUGUGGGUUGUUUUUUUUUUUUAGCAUUAUCUUCCCAUUGUAAUAAUGGACAGAAUGUCUGUAUAUACACAUAUGCGUCUCUAUAUUGCUAUGAUACAGCUAUAGUGUAAGAUGUUUGUCUUGCCAAGCAUGCCUUGGUGAUCUUCCUCAGUGAGAGGAGGAAGGAAUGAAGCGGAUGGAGUGGCCUAUGAACACAUGUACCUGUGUACAGGGGGAAGCCAUUUCGGAGAGCCCUGCAGCUCCUCCAGAAGGCGCAGAUGUUUCUGGUAGGAAGAGCAGCCUAGAGCCGCCCCAUCUGCUCCGUGAGUGCAAAAGAUGACUUACCUAUUUAUCUUGGCAGAGUGACAUCACUGAUGCUGAGAGCUUUGGGAAAUGCUGCUGAGGUGCCCCAUCUUCUACCAACCUGACUGAUUUUCUUUAUUUUUCCCCUCUUCCGGACCUUCGUGUAAAAUGAAAUGCUCAGCUAUUUCAUUUGCUCAUGCAAGUGUUCCCGGAGAGUUUGGCCACUGAGUGCCCUCUGCAGGGACAGUGGGCCUGUGUUCUUCCUGAAGCACUGUGGCCACAGGAAAAUUUGGGAAGGAAAGCAGUAGCCCUUGCUUGGAGAUGGCCGGCUGCGGUGGCAGCCAAACUGUACAGACUUCACGUGAAUGUAGUUCUUGUGCUCUGGUCUAUGAGAUGCUGUAUUUUUAAUGUAUCACUUUACCACUAUUUUAAUGCUAUCACGUUCUUUAUAUAUGCUGUUUAAAAAAGAAAAGAAAAAAAUAUCUGAUGUUAUAUUUCUAUGUAGAGUAUUUCCCUUACAGUUGGGCUUAAAAUAUAGACACAGUCUCAGCGUCCCCUGUGUAGGACCCAGGUCCCUUGUAAACUCUGCAAGCUGGGACCAUUCUCGUAGUUUAUACUGGGAAUCUGGAGGGGGAUAUAAGGGAGAACUUUACAAGUAGCACUUCCCCUGAGUAGCUGCAGGAGAGGAGGAGGUCUGGGCACUGUAAGCACUUUGUGAUGGAUGUUUAUCCCCAGGCACUCACCAGGAAAUCUCAUACAGCCCUAGGCACGCCAUGGGGACAGAAACAAAGCAAGCUUGAUGAGCCGUUGUGCUCAUGGAUGCAACGAUGGUGUUGGCCACUGGCAGCGUGGGGUCUUCUGAGCCACACGAUGUGGGGUGUUGGGUAUGAGUAGGGAUGUGGCUGCUGGGCUUUCCUUGCAGUGCCAUGAGCCAGAGCAGAGCCACGCUCCCUUUAUAGCUCCUGGUUGUGUUUUUAAACAGAUUUAUGUCCUCUGAAAGUGUUUGGCACUUUUUAUAAGGAUUUUGUUAUAAUGACUAUGCUGCAACAAUCUCACAUAAUCGAGUAACCAAUAAAUGUGUGUUUACUGAGCUUUUGGGUAAUUCUGUGGCCCUUGCAGUGGAUGUGUAUAGGCAUUCUGUUCGUGCUCGGUGGAGUUAUAAGAAGAGCAACAAAAGCUGGAAGCAAAAGCUUUAUUGUACUGUGCCUACAGAAUUAAAGGCUUGUGCUCAGCUGCCCAGCUGAAGUGCAGGCUCUUUAAUUCUCCUCUAAAAUGGUCGUGUUGGUAUGAUUUUACAAUUACUGCAGUGUAAGUGAUAGUUUCCUUGGUGGCUACUUGUGUGCUUCAAUAAAGGAAAA